AAAGGCAAACAGCAGCUUGGAAAAGUAUUUCUUUUUCAAAGGCUACUAGUAGAUCAUAAGCAGAAAGACAAUGAAAAUAGUUCUAGUAUUACUUUUUAUAAUUUCUCUGGUUAUUUCAUCAAGAAUAGAUGGAGAACACUUUUCCUUUGAACCAGUAUCUCCUGAGCCAAAGUCAAGGUUUGCUAUGUUAGAUGAUGUGCAAUUACUAGCCCAUGGACUGCUCCAGCUUGGGCGUGGCCUUAAAGACUUUGCUAUCAAGACCAAGGACCAAAUGGAUGACAUCUUUCGGAAGCUUAACAUUUUUGACCAAUCUUUUUAUGAGAUCUCACAACAAGCCAAUGAGAUAAAAGAAGAAGAAGAAGAGCUAAAAAAUACAACUUUGGGAUUGCAAGCCCAUAAUGAAGAGAUAAGGAAUAUCUCUCUGGAGCUGAACUCCAAGAUAGAAAUACUUUCACAGGAGAAGAAUCAACUUCAGGAUAAAGUAGAGAAGCUGGAAGAAAAAUUAACCAAACUGUUCAAGACCCAGCUUGAAAUACAAGAGCCAGAAGAAAUUGCAUCACUUAAAAACUUCACUGAGCAGCAGGAAAAUCACCUCAGAUCCCUUCUCAACAUUGUCCAAGUCCAGUAUGCCCAGAUUGGCAAACAGCAAAAACAAAUACAAGUCCUAGAGGAGAAGCUAAACAGCCCUGGUUUUCAAGACAACACACAUAUUUUUGCCUUGAAAAAAGAUGAAACAAGGCAUAUUACACUUAACACAACAGCUACAGUUCAAGAUUAUAAAGGCAAUGCUACUGACUGCACUUGGUUUUACAACAGAGGUGAAAGAUCUAAUGGAAUUUAUUCUAUCAAGCCCUGUGGAUCCAAUGCAUUUAACGUCUAUUGUGAAAUGAAAACAGAAAGCUCGUGGACAUUUAUUCAAAGCAGAUCUGAUGGAUCUAUAGAUUUCAACCAAACCUGGGAGACAUAUAUAAAUGGGUUUGGCAACCUUUCAGGAGAAUUUUGGCUGGGCCUACAAAAGAUCUAUUCCAUUGUAAAUCAAGCAAAUUACAUCCUGCGUAUUGAGCUGGAAGACUGGAGAGCUAACAAACGUUAUAUUGAGUACACAUUCACAACGGGAGGUCCAGAAAAAGACUAUGCUGUCCUUCUCAGCAGGAUUACUGGGAAUAUCCCCAAUGCACUGCCUGAACAGAAAGAGGUGACAUUCUCUACAAAAGAUCACAGUAACAACACUGAAAGAAAAGUCAACUGUCCAGAAGAUGAUUCAGGUGGUUGGUGGUAUAGUGCAUGUGAAGAAACAAGCUUGAAUGGAAAAUACAUCAAGCCAAGUUCAAAAGGAAAACUAGAAAAGAAGAGAGGACUUUAUUGGAAGCCUCAGAAAGGAAGACCCUAUCUUCUCAAAUCAACCAAACUGAUGAUACAUCCCACAGAUUUUGAAAAUUUUGACUGA